AUGUGACCGCGACUGAGGCGCGUCUUGAAGGGCAUAACGCCAUCAACACGAGAAGUACGCAAUCCACGCAAGAGCUUACGACCAUCUCUUCCCUUUAUCGCUGGUGUGCUUCCAACGCAUGACCGCGUAAUGCGGAGCACCAUGCUCAACAACGGACCCUUGACGGAUAUGCGGGGCCCGCGCGCGAGUAUAAGUACAACCUGUCGCCCAGAAGGUGUCUGUCGGACGAUCCUCGCUCAACGGCUGCUCUGCUUCUGCCGAUAUGUCUACCGUACUCCGCACGUUCAACGCGGGCUCCGACAAGGACAGCGACGGCAAGCUUGGCAGCUCCGUCAGUCUCGAGCAAGUCCCUUCGCUCGGAGUGCCGAUCGAAGAGAAGGGUGGCUUAUGGCGUCGGUCGAAGCGCGAUCUGGACAGCGUCGCGACUCAGCCGUCUGUGUUCGACGAUCCCGCUACAGUCGACAUGUACAGACCGUCCCCGGUUUACGAGAGCGCGCACCGCUUCGACCCCCUUGCGCGGUGGACAUGGCGGGAGGAGAUUCCUCUCGUUCGCAAGAUUGACUGGCUUAUAAUGGUCUGGGCAUGGUUAAUGUUCUUCGCCUUGGAUUUGGACCGCGCGAACAUCUCGCAGGCCAACACGGACAACUUUUUGCCAGACUUGGGCAUGACGACUAACGACUUCAACACGGGGAAUAUGUUAUUCAAGGUUUGCUUCUUGAUCGCCGAGCUUCCUUCGCAGCUCGUCUCGAAGAGGAUCGGUCCCGACGUUUGGAUUCCCAGUCAGAUGGUUCUGUGGAGCAUCGUGUCCCUCGCCCAGUAUUGGCUGACGGGGCGUGGCUCCUUCCUCGCGACACGCUGCCUUCUCGGUUUCAUGCAGGGAGGCUUUAUCCCGGAUGUCAUCCUCUACCUGUCCUAUUUUUACACUAGAAGAGAACUCACGAUGCGGCUCGCGUGGUUCUGGGUCUCUAACUACGUGGCCGCCCUUGCUAGUGCUUUCCUUGCUACAGGUAUUUUGAAGUUGGACGGCGUCCGAGGGCAGGCUGGGUGGCGAUACAUGUUUCUGAUUGAAGGCGGUUUGACGCUUCUCAUUGGACUGGCCUCCUUCUACAUGAUGCCUCCCAGCCCUACGCAAACGAGGGCUUGGUAUAGACCAAAGGGAUGGUUUACUGAGCGCGAGGAGACCAUUAUCGUCAAUCGAGUCCUACGAGACGAUCCUGCGAAGUCGGAUAUGCACAAUCGACAAGGUCUCUCGGUUAUGCAAAUUCUCAAGAUCUUGACGGACUGGAGAAUGUGGCCGCUCUAUAUUCUGGGUCUCGUGCACUUGAUCCCCGUGAACCCCCCACAGACCUAUCUGACGCUGACGCUACGCCAGCUUGGUUUCGACACAACCCAAGCGAAUCUUCUCACCAUCCCUUCUACCGUGUUGGGCAUCAUUUUACUCCUUCUCAUCUCUUACCUCAGUGAGGUUUUCGACAGUCGGGUCGGCACUUCGGUGGUCCUCCAGUUCUGGGCGCUCCCGCUGCUCAUUGCGCUGUACAAGUUCAACGAGAAUACGUCGCAGUGGGUCUACUAUGCGGUCGUCACGUUGAUCACUGGAUAUCCCUAUGUGCACCCAAUUCAAGUCGCGUGGGCGUCCGCGAACUCUUACGGAGUUGGGACGAGGACAGUGUCAGCCUCCGUGUAUAAUAUGUUCGUGCAGGCGGGCGGCGUGGUAUCGUCGUAUAUCUAUCGCGCCGAUGAUGCGCCACUUUAUCGACGCGGUAACAUAGACUUGAUCGCCAUCACCUGCAUGAACAUAGCUCUCUACGUCUUGACAUGGUUGUUCUAUCGCACCAUCAACAAGAGAAGGGAGAGGAAAUGGGAGUCGAUGACGCCUGAGGAGCAACAAGAAUACCUAGAUAAGACGACUGACAAGGGCAACCAAAGACUCAACUUCCGCUUCGUGUACUAAACACCGCGCAAGAGGCCGCCUUUCGUCGCCUCGAUCAAACGCUCUGGGUAGUAUUCUCAGCCGUGGACUUGUAGACUCUAUGGUUGUACUUAUAAAAUAGAC